AUGCCUGGUUGAAGUGAUGCUGGUCAGUGGGGAUCCAACCCAGGGCUUCUUGCAUUGCCAGACAAUUCAAUCCAAGUCAAAGCAGUGCAGUGUAGUCUCCCACCCAGGCUGCAUCGCCACCUUUGUUAGUAUCAUCUGAAACGUCAGAAGUUUAAUUUUAUUGACCCACGUGUUCAUGGCUUGUUCUUCUUUUGGGGGGGGGGCAAUCAAGGAGGUAUUCUUGGUUUUGGUGUCAUUUCUCUAUUUUGUUAAAGUUGUUGUUUCUGAGUAUAAAGGAGAUAUAGACAUUUAGUUGGAAAAGCAGAAUGAAAACAAAAUGAUGCAUAAUCUUAACACCCAGAAAGACUCACUUCUCUAUGUAAUACUAGCCUUUUUCUUUGUGUAUGAAUAGAAUUUAAAACAAAAUUUGUUCUAUAUUCUCUCUCUUUGAAUGUUUUUUUUUUAUUGACUAUUUUUCUGAAAAUGACUUUUAACAACCUCGGAUACUAUAAUUAUAGUCUGUGGUUAAACCAUGAAUAAGUUAGUGUAGGCCAACAACGGUUCUUGUAGGUCAUUUGCAUGCUCACAUUUUGGUUCUGCUCCUUCUGAAGGAUGGUGAAUAGCGAACAGCUUAGAUAGUCUCUGUCCCUGUCUCUGUCUCUCUGUCUCUGUCUCUCUCUCUCAGGCAUAUCUAUCUAAGUAGCAUAGAGUGACUUGAUUUCCCCCUCUCCCCCCGACACACACACAUUAUAAUUGUUUUCUUUGGAGGCAAAGGCUCUUCAGGUUUGGUUGUUCUUGUGGACUGCUCCAUAUUGUCCCCUGGACACAGUGAAGAGGCAAGCUAGGGAGCUUGUGUGAACAGGAAGCUUGAACUCGUGGUAUACAGUGAACAACAAUAUCUGUUUCUCACCCAGAAGUCUUACAUCUGUACGGAAUUCUGGGAAGCAGUCAGCAGUCUUAGGAACGCCAUUGUUCUUAAGAUAAACAUUUAAUAUUUACUCCAUCUCCAUCUUGUUGUUAAUAAACAACCACAGUACCAUCAGUGUAUUUAAGUCAUUGUGCAGAAAUCUGUGUUGCCUAUAUUCUAUUCUUUGGUUCCAUUUCACCAUACAUUUUCAAGAUUUAUUUGAUGGCUUUUUAGCAUUUUCUUCCAGAAUUUUGCUUAGUACUAUUGCAGCAUUUUUUUUUUUAAAAUAACUAAUUCUUGAUGAUACGUGAUUUGUUGAUUUAUGUUUCCUUGCUUACCUGUUAGAUCCAGCUUAUCUUGUAGCUGCUUACAACACUAAUGCACUAGUCCGAUGAGAGCCAUCUUUAUAGAGCACUGUAGCCAUUGUGUUCAGUGCUGUUCUCCGGCUUUCCAUGUGAUAAUCCACUUAUUUCUCAGUUAUGCUUUCAGGUGAAUACCAUUGUUAGCCCCACUUCAAGGAAACUGGGCUUAAACAGGUUUUUCAGCCAGAGGAGGCAGACUGAGAUUCAGAAUUGCACAGUCUGACUCCAGAUUUUACAUGCUCUACAGGUACAUUAGUUUUUGUUUUACUUUUGAGAAUGAAGUGUAAGGGCAGCAUGGGGGCCGGAUGCUCCUAGGUCCAGGCCUUCAGCUGCCUGCUUGUAUCUUUGUCUCCAGGUUAACAGUUUGCAUUUGUGUUGUCAAACAUUCUGCUUACUUUUUCUUUAUAUUGCAAUUUGAUUUUACCAAAAGAAUCAGAUGCAGCAUUGUGUUUUCAUCUAGAUAUGUUCUGUAUCAUCCGGUGCUUUUUUUAACAACUGCAGAGGAGAUAGUCUGUGUCAUCACACGUGGUCUCUCACUUCAGAGGCAAGGUGGCUGUGUUUGUUGGUAUGAACCCUUGCACUUUAAAGCAUAGCUGUGGCAGUUAUUGUUUGUAGAAAGCCAAAUCCUCACAGAAAUUGGGUUAACCAAAUCAUCUAUACUUAGGGCUGGAGAGAUGGCUCCGUGUGUGUUUGGUGCUACAAAGGUGAGGACCCGAAUUCCAUCCCAGGCUCCCAUGUGAAAAACGGGCUGGAUGCAAGCAGAGAUUAUAAAACAGCAGGGUCACCGGGGCAUGCUGACCACCAGUGGAGUCCUCAAGCUCUCAAGUGCCAGGUUCACGGAUAGAUCCGACCUCUAAAGAAUAGGGGAAAGAGUGACAGAACAGGGCAUCUCAUGUCCUCCUCUCUCUCUCUCUCUCUCUCUCUCUCUCUCUCUCUCUCUCUCUCUCUCUCUCUCUCACACACACACACACACACACACACACACACACACCCAUCCAUGUUUCUUGAAAUCCUCCCUUCUAAUAGGUUUAGCAAUACUUGGAUGAAGUCUUGCUGUCCUAAGUCAGCCUUUGAUAUUUAGGGCACACAAUCUGUCACAGAACUAAAGAAUUCUUCAUUCUUAAAUUGUAUUUUUAUUCAUUCAUAUAGUGUAGAAUGCAGCUAGCUGCCAAUUCCUUAUUAAGUAGCUGGAUGAAGGUUGAAUAUGCGUGGCAUGUGUGUGCACGUUGUGGGAGACAAUGUGAUGGAGAAAAAUGGAGAACUCUGAGAAAACAGGUGGCUGGGAGUGAGUUAGGACUGUUCUUUAUACACGAUUGUGAAAGUCUUCCAGGUAAAAUGACUUUUGUAUAGAAAUAUAAUGAACAUCAAUACUGCUCUACAAGAGGUGCUGAAGACCGCCCUCAUCCACGAUUGCCUAGCACGUGGCAUCCGCGAAGCUGCUGAAGCCUUAGACAAGCACCAAGCCCAUCUCUGUGAGCUCAUAUCCAAUUGUGAUGAGCCUAUGGAUGUCAAGUUGGUGGAGGCCCUUGGUGCCGAGCACCACAUCAACCUGAUUAAGGUUGAUGACAAGAAGCUAGGGGAAUGGGUAGGCCUCUGUAAAACUGAUGGAGAAGGGGAGCCAUGCCAAGUGGUUGCUUCCAGUUAUGUAGUGGUUGAAGACUAUGGCAAAGAAUCUCAGGCCAAGGAUGUCAUCGAAGAGUACUUCAAGUGCAAGAUAUGAAUGAAUGAAAAGU